GGAUGAAUGUGCUAAGAUUCCUGCAGUUUGUGGUCCAAACUCAAUCUGCAACAACACUGCUGGGAGUUACAAUUGUUUGUGUAGGAGUGGAUAUAAAGUAACAGACCGGAUUAUCCUUAUAAACAUCAGUAACCCAUGCACAGUAGCACCAUCAAAAACUACAGUCAAGCCACCACCACCAACAACGACUGUUAAACCACAACUAACAGUUAUGACAAUGUCAAUGAGAAUAAACCAAAAUUUUGACAUCAGUCUCACCAACAAAGCUGAUCCAAAGUACAUAUCGUAUGUAAAAAUCAUUACAUCUGCAAUUGAAAAUAGUUACAUGAAUCUGCCCAACUACAUUAAAGGUUCAGUAAAUGUCAUUGGCUUCAGGUCUGGUAGCAUUAUAGCAGACUACACGAUUAAUGCAAACAACAAUAAUCUGGAUGUUUCAUCAGCAAACACACAGGUUUCUGACCUUCUAGCAGCUCAAGGAAUCCCUUUAGCUAAGGAUGCUUUUGCUGAAAGUGAGGAAAAAAUCCUGACAACCAAAGAUAAGUUUUAUCCUCUGCAAGAUGUGGAGCUGAGGUGUACACGUCCUAAUUCUGUUGUGGGGACAAUGACAUGGAGUGUGAAUGACCAAGAUCCUGCAGAAAACAGUGCAAAAUACACCAUUACAAAUGACAAUAGCACUCUUAUUGUGAAAGGAGUAAGUGAAAGUGACAAUGGUAGAUACUCAUGUAUCAUAGAAAGAUCUACAUUACCUUACAUUCAGUGGCAAACAGUAUCUAUUCAACCACGUCCUAAUAUUAUAGUGGAUAAAACUGAUAUAAAGCUUCAGUGUCAAAACCAGACUGUCCCACUCACAUGCUGUGCCAAUGGUUACUCAGUUGAGUGGUUUGGGAUUCCUGCUGAUGAUGAAGUGGAAAAUUCAGGAUCUGGCUGUAUCACAUUACAAUACAAAAGCACAACUUGUGGGUCGAAAGAUGACUUUACAUGCCGACUAAAGGACAUGCCAGAAUUAAAAAUAUUUGAUUAUAGCAACAGGACAGUUUACGUUCAGACAGUCAGAGACUAUAACUGUAUAAAUGACACACUUGGAGUUGGAAAAAUAGGUGACAAUGUAACAGGAUUGUGUGAAAAAGGUAUGGAAGGUCUCAUAACUUAUGUAUGUAAGCAGACAACAGAUCUCAAAUAUAACUGGACAGAAGUACAGAGAGAUUGUGUUGUUCAACCUAUCAAAGACCUUGAGAGGAGAUCUGUGGUUUUAGUUGUGGAGGAUAUUCCAGUAUUUAUGUCAAACCUCAGUAACACUGCAGUGCAGAAUAAUACUGCAAUAACACAAUCUGCUGACACUGUCAAAACCAUUGUUGACAUACUUAACACAAUUGCUAGUAUCUCACAAACUAUUACCAUCAGUCAACCUGUGAUGGAGGAUUUUCUUAAAACAGUGAACAUCAUUGUAUCAGAUGCAUCUAAAAACACAUGGACAGAAUUGAACAAUGACAACAAAACAGAAAACAAAAGCACUGAACUUCUUAAAGCUAUUGAGACUAUAAGUGAUCGUCUCUCUGAUGACAGUUUUAUGAUUAAGGAAACCUCCAUUCAAUUGAAUAGAACAAGAAUUGAAAACUCAUUCAUUGGAUCAUCUUCACUGCCAAACUCAACUACUCAGAUUGUGAUACCAAAGGUUGAACCGACCCUCAUAACCAUUAUUAUCUUCACAAAGCUUGACAAUGUUUUACCAACUCGAAAUACUUCUAAUACUGACAAGAAGAUAUCAGAAAACCACAUUAAUGGAGACGUGGUUGUUGUUAAGGUUAAUAAAACAAUUAACAACAUUUCAUUUGCUUUUGAUACUACAAAUGCAUCAUUGAAAAAUCCUCAGUGUGUCUUUUGGAACUUUGAUCUCAACCAUUGGGAUUCCACUGGAUGUAAAGUCAAGCGCUCAGGGAAUGAAACAGUUACAUGUGAAUGCAGUCACACAACCUCUUUUUCAAUCCUGAUGUCACCGUUUGCAAUUGAUAACCCAGCCUUAGCCUAUAUAACAUAUAUUGGUGUAGCUAUUUCAUUAGCCAGCUUGGUUUUAUGUCUCAUUAUUGAGGCGAUCGUAUGGAAGUCAGUGACAGGAAAUGACACGUCGUAUAUGCGUCACGUUUCAAUAGUCAACGUUGCUGUGUCGCUACUGAUUGCAGACAUCUGUUUUAUCAUCGCAGCUGCAAUUGGAAAUCCAGGACAACCUACACCAGUGAAUCCAUGCAGUGCAGUGGUUUUCUUCAUGCACUUUUUUUACCUGGCUGUUUUCUUCUGGAUGUUCAUUUUAGCACUUUUGCUGCUUUACCUCACUGUCAUCGUUUUUUCUCGCAUGUCAAGGGCUAAUAUGAUGGUCAUUGCAUUCACGGUUGGUUAUUGUGCAUCUUUGCUCAUAGCGGUUAUUACUGUCGCAUCCACAGCUGGACCUAAAAACUAUGUCUCAAAAGAAAAUGCAUGUUGGCUAAACUGGUUUGAAUCUAAGGCCCUGCUGGCAUUUGUGAUUCCAGCUCUGACUAUCGUUGCCUUUAACAUCUUGGUUUUGAUUGUGGUUGUGUAUACACUAUUAAAAAGAAGAGUUGGUGCUCAACCAGAAAUGAAACAAACUGUUCUGGUCAUUGCCCGAUGUGUGGCCUUUCUGACUCCUAUCUUUGGUCUAACAUGGGGAUUUGGCAUUGGAACCAUGGUGUCACGUGACUUUGGCAUUCAUGUGGUGUUUGCAAUCCUCAAUUCACUGCAGGGGUUCUUUGUCUUGGUGUUUGGAACGCUUUUAGACAGAAUGGUCCGUGAGUCACUAUCAGGAAAGCUGUCAUUAAACAAUAACAGUUCGACUCAUGCCAGGAGCACAAGUGCGGAAACAUUUUCAAGUAGACUGGGUGUCUUCCAAAGGAAGCAGAGGAGAAAUGUUUACAACACGUCAGAGCCCAAUGCAGCUUCAUCCUCAAACCGCUAGUGCCUCGAACUCAUAAACAUUCUUUAUUAACUACAUGUAACAAAGCCUUUCAUCUGCUGUGAUCUAAGUGUCAUCUCUAUACCCUGUAAGCAAGAAACAUCUCAUGGAUGCACAUUUUUUUACUGAUUUUAAUGUAAUAAAUGUUAACAAAUGCAUAGUUUAUUAUAAGGCCAUUGCUAAUCUUUUAUUUGACCUGUUAGUAGAUCAUUGACAGGUCAGUUUUUUUUCAAAGAACGCACAUACUAAUAAAAACAUGAAUCUUUCUUUUGAGUCUUUUGAUUCCUUUUACAAAUUGGGUAAACAUUUAGCAGAACAUAUCUUCUUUCCCUAGAUCUCCCAUCUCAGAACUCUUUAGAAUUGACAGCUGUGAACCAUUAUGGUGCAGCAAGAUUCAUCUCUAGGUUUUACCAAAUCAUUAUAGCUGGAAGUAAAGAAUCCUCAGAAGAUAAUAGGCGUGCAUGGUGUGCAGAUCUAAAUGAGGAAAUUACUGUACAAGAAUGGAAGAUGUAUGUUUUCAGUGUCAUGUUCGAACAAAAAAUACACGGUUCAAGCUAUUACAGUACAAAUGGUUGAUGAGAAUGCACAUUACCCCUUAGGUACUACAUCGUAUCUACCCUAAUACGCCUGAUACAUGUUUCAAAUGUGGCACGCAUAAAGGCCGUUUUUAUCACUGUAUUUGGGAAUGCUCCACCAUUCAAGGAAAUUAUUAUAAUCUUAUCAAAGGUAACAAAGGAACCUCUUCCUCUGUGUCCCAAACUUUGUAUAUUUAGACUUUUUCCAGAAAACUGUACACUUAGCAAGUUUCAGAAAAUGAUGGUCAUACUGUGCCUUCUUGAAGCCAAACAUUAAAUUGCACUGUCAUGAAAAUCAGUUCAUAGACCAAGUAAACAGAGUUGGGUUGAGGGGAUAUUGCAAUUUCUUGCUAUGGAAAAACUGACCUAGUUAAAGGGAAAUAUAAGAUUUUUUGUGAAGAUGUGGGGUUCAUUUAUGGAAUUUUUUGGAAGGCAAAAAAUACCUGUACCUUGCCGUCUCUGUCCAUACACACUACUUGCCUGUCUGCUGUGGUGUUUUUUUUCUGAAUGAUUUUCUUUUUGUGAUAAGCAUCUACAACUCAACCAUGUUUCCUUUCCAAUUUGUAAUAUCGUGUGUUUUAGAGUAAUAAUGGAUGUGCCUCUUUGUUCUGUGGUAUGUGUUGUU